AUGUCACCACUUCUCAAGUCUCGACUUGCUCGAAGAGUCGCUUGCGCACUCCUCGCUUUAUCCUUUGCAGUCUCCGUGUUUGCGCAGACCAGUGACCUACCGGUAGAAUCCUCCAAUGCCACCAACCAUUUCGACUCUGGCUCACACAAGGCGGCAACAGCAACAGCGGCCAAGAAGUCAUCUUCCAUCCUCCUCAAGGGUGCUACCAUCAUUGCCUACGACGACCAGAAGAACGAGCUUGACAUCAUUCGCGGUGGUUCCCUUUUGAUCAUCAACGACCGCAUCGCCGACGUCGGCAAGAAACUCACCACCCCUAUCCCUGAGGGAACCGAAGUCGUCGAACUGACCGACAGCAUCAUCACUCCUGGAUUCGUCGAUACCCACAAGCACUCGUGGCAGCACCUCUACCAAACAAUGGGCCCCAACGUUCUUCUCGGUGAAUAUGUCUACAAGUUCUCGGGGGUCUCCAAAAUCACGACCCAGAUCAAUGCCGAUGACUCGUACAUCUCAACAUUGAUGUCGCUUGCUGAUUCGUUGAAUUGUGGUGUCACGUCUGUCCUGGACCACGCCCACGGUACAUUCACACCAAAGCACUCUGAAGCCAUGCUGAAGGCCCACAUAGACAGCGGCGCCCGUGUCUGGAAUGCGUAUAGUAUCGUUCCAAUCGCCUCGACCAAGGGAGGCAAGUUUCACUUCGAUUGGACGGGACAGGAACCGGGUGGGUGGAAGUGGAGGCAGUUGGAGCAGUUGGCAAAGGAGGCGCCUUGGGCUGAUGGCAGGGUUCAGCUUGGUCUUGGUUGGGAGAUGGGACGGGAUGAUAAUGAAAACAAAUAUGGAUUUGAUAAGGCCUCGGAGCUCAAUGUAUCGGUCGUGACGCUGCACCAUGUCGGAUACCCUAUGCAAGCCGCCGGCGUGUCGACAAAACCCAUCUACCAACUAAAUGCUUGGGGAUACCUCAACAAGUCCUACCCCGUCGUUUUCUCUCACGGAACAGUCGCCGACGGCGCCGACCUCAACAUCCUCCGAAACACCAACCAUUUCAUCUCUGUCACCCCCGAAUCCGAACACCAUUACACCCACGGCCAACUCUUCACUAGCGCCCUUCUCGAACAAUCCGCCCUUGGAAUUGAUACCUCCUACACCUUUUCGUCCGAUAUCCUGACCCAGAUGAGACUCCAACUACAGUCGACCCGUAGUGUUGGCGCUAAUGUCGCACACUUCAAUUUCCGAUUCGCCAACAACACUGCCAUGACUGUCGAUCAGGUCUUCUUACUCGGUACCAGGAAUGGAGGUCUGGCGUUGCGUCGCCCGGACAUUGGAGUCAUCAAGAAGGGUGCCAAAGCGGACCUGGUCGUCUUCAACACCGACAACACUGCCACCUCAGCGUUCUACGAUCCCGUCGCCACCGUCGUCCUACAUUCGCACGUCGGCAAUAUCGAGCAUGUCAUUGUUGAUGGCAAAUGGGUCAAGCGGGAUUACAAACUGGUGGGCUUGGACUGGAAGACGACCAAGGCCGCGUUUAAAAAGUCGGCGAGUAAGGUUCAAAAGAUUUUGAUGGAGUACGGCAAGGACUGGGGUCGACUUCGCGUUGAGACGUUGCAGGCGUUUGGGAGUAAAGAGAGCGAUUUUAUGAAUAUUCCCGUUGUUAAUGUUGAGCCCAACAUUCUAUCGAAGAAUAAGAAGUAG